AUGGUAAGUCCCUCAAAGUUUCCUGGCGACAUUUGGCUAAAUCACAGAACAGGCAAGCCAUGUGAUGAGAACGGCCAAUGCCUACCACCAAACACUCCACCAACUAUUCCUCAACGCCCGUCUCGCUCUGAGUGGAUGCCGUACAGGGAUUGUAUUGAGUUUGAGACAGCAGAACUGCUCUAUACAAAGACACAGAUGUUGGCAGGAGACAUUAAUACUCUUACAGAGCUAUGGAGAGCCUCAUUUAUAAAACAUGGCAUAGACGACGCUCAAAUUCCAUUUUCUGACAAGGACAACUUAUACCGGACCAUUGAUGCGACCCCUAUUGGUGGUGUACCAUGGGAUUUGUUUUCGCUUAGUUACAAUGGAGAAGUACCUCAGGAAAAUGCGCCGCCAUGGAUGUCACAAAGUUUUGACGUCUGGUACCGCAGUCCACAAAUGAUAGUACACAACAUACUAUCUAAUUCUGAUUUCAAGGAUAAUAUUGACUAUGUACCUUACCGGGAGUUUUGUGCAAAUGGAAAACGGAAGUACAAAGACUUCAUGUCGGGUAAUUGGGCAUGGAAAGAGGCCAACAUCAUCGCAGAAGACCAAAGCACACACGGAUCGACAUUUGUACCCAUCAUACUCGGUAGUGACAAAACGACUGUUUCCGUUGCAACAGGACAAAAUGAAUAUUACCCGAUAUAUAUCUCUAUUGGUAAUGUUCACAACAGUGUUUGUCAAGCCCAUCAAAAUGCUCUUGCUCUCUUAGGGUUUCUUUCUAUACCAAAAAUAUCAGCUAUUCUUCAAGAUCUCAAGCCAGCCAUGACCACCCCGGAGGUUGUUCGCUGUGCUGACCAGCACUUCCAGCGAGUUGUGUAUGGGAUUGGCCCAUACAUAGCAGACUAUCCUGAACAAGCCUUACUAGCUUGUAUUGUUCAGGGAUGGUGUCCUCGUUGUACUGCAGCACCCAAUAAUCUUGAUGGCAAAGCUGGUUGGCGCUCAAGGUUACACACUGAGGCAUUGAUCAAAGCCUUUGACCGAGGGAUUCUGUGGGAUCAGUAUGGAUUAGUAGCAGAUAUCACACCUUUUACCAACAACUUUCCCCGAGUCGACAUACAUAAAACUCUCGUCCCAGAUCUCCUUCAUCAAGUCAUUAAGGGCACAUUCAAGGAUCACCUUUUAGUCAAAACCCAUGGGAGAAAACAAGCAGAUGAAAUAAUGGAUGACAUAGAUGUUCAAACAUUUCAGGCUUUUCUUGAAUUUUGCUAUUUUGUAUGGUGUGAUUCACAUGAUGAAGACACCCUUGUGCUUGUACAAGAUGUCCUAUCAAGAUUCCAUCGGUACCAUAUUAUCUUCCAGAAUGUUGGUGUUCGGCAAAAUGGCUUUUCUCUCCCCCGCCAACAUUCUCUGGUACAUUAUCUCAUGCUAAUCAGAAUAUUUGGCUCUCCAAAUGGCCUAUGUUCCUCAAUCACAGAGUCAAAGCAUAUCAAAGCAGUCAAGGAGCCAUGGCAUUGUUCAAGCCGUUUUGAGGCGCUUGGCCAGAUGUUACUCGUCAAUCAAAGACUCAACAAAUUAGCAGCGGCCCGAGUUGAUUUCACAGACUGGGGGAUGCUUUCUGACCAUAUUCUCAAUUAUGCAAACACUAUAUUAGCAAAUCACUUUGAUGACGCUGAUGAGGAAAGUGGACCUGUUUCUGAUGUGGGUGUAGUGAGCCAUGUAGAACUUGCAAAGUGUCUACAGUCUGGCUAUCCACAAAGGGUGAAACAGCUUAGUGCUUGGAUCAACCAAUCCCAACUGCAUGAAAUGAUCCGACAAUUUUUAUUUGAUCAGCUUCACAGAAGUCUGAAUGAUUCAGAAGGCUCCAAUGUUCCCCUUUCUUGCUGCCCUCUUUUCAAUUCAAAAAUCGCUGUUCACCACUCCGCCGUAGCAUUUUUUUAUGCACCAAGCAAUCCCAGUGGGAUUGGUGGGAUGCGACGAGAGACAAUUCAAGCGUGUCCGUCAUGGCGGGGCGGUCCUUCUCGCUAUGACUGUGUGUUUGUUGAACAUGACCCCACUGCUCUUGCAAUGCAAGGACUUGAUGUUGUUCGAGUUCACCUUUUUUUUUCUUUUGUAUAUGAUGGGAUAUUUUAUCCAUGCGCACUGAUUCAGUGGUUCUCACACAUUGCUGAUCACCCAGAUGAACUGACUGGCUUAUGGAUGGUUCAACCAGACGUCAAUGAAGAAGGCUAUCCAGCCCUCAAAAUUAUACAUGUUGAUUGCAUUUUGCAGGCUGCUCAUUUACUCCCAAUUUAUGGUGAUUGUUUCAUGCCCAGAGAACUUUCCUUUUCCAAUUCCCUUGAUGCUUUCCAUGCCUACUAUGUCAAUAAAUUUAUUGAUCACCAUGCUUUCGGAAUAGCUUCCUGA